AUGGCCACCACCGAGCAAAAGAGUUCUUCAGCUGCAGCGACGACGACUUCAUCAUCAAAACAGCCGGAAAACAAUGUCAAGGACAGCUACCUAGGCCGCUUCAAGCUGGCCACCAGCGAAAACUUUGACGGCUUCCUCAGAGAGAUUGGUNUGGUAAGCGAUUUUCGAAGCAUCGGCAUGAUCAAGCGGAAGCUCGCCAACGCCAGCUACCCGGUGUUGGACAUUACCCGAGAUGAGAACAACAACAUCACCAUCACCACUAGCGCUCCAUUCACCCGCGCCACUACCACCUUCAAGUUGAAUGAGGAGUUCGACGAGCAACGGCUGGACGGGAAGGUGGUGAAGAGCACGGUGGAGCAGCAGGGCAAUAAGUUCAUUCAGACGCAGACCGAUGGCAGCCUGGUGAUCAAGUACAUUCGCGAGUUUGCCGGCGAUGAGAUUCGGGUG